AUGGUUGCCCUCGCCCUCGCCCUCGGCGCCGCCAUAUACUUCACGGCCGAAAAAGUGCGGGACCACAAGAAAAAGAAGGCCGCCCUCAAAGACAAAGACCAACAGGCACCGCCCUACGACUCGAUUCCUCCCAGUGCCUCGGCCUUGGAGAACAGAGCGGCCCGUCGCUCCGUGGACCAGCUCCCGCAAUAUGUGUACAGCGAGCCCCCACCGUAUCACAUCAAAGACCCGAGUCGCGGGCAAAAGGUCCCCAAAUAA